AUGGAUCUGUUAAGAUACUGCAUUUUGGAGAAGGCUGGCUCAAAAAAACGAAAAAGACCCGAAAAAUCUGUAAUUGAAGAAGCAGUCAGUGAAGUUUUGGAGAAAGGUCAGUCCAUAAACAGAACUGCACUUGCCUUAAACAUAUCGAGGGCUUACUUAGCUAAAAUCGUUAAAAAAGUAAAGACGUCUGGCGAUUCAUCAUAUGAACACUGUCCUAAUAUAGGGACUAGGCGUAUUUUCACAACAGAACAGGAGAAUAUGCUUGCAGAUUAUUUAACGACCGCAUCUAAAAUGUGCCAUGGCCUAACAAGACAUCAAGCAAAGAAGCUACGAUUUGAUUAUGCCGUAGCCAAUGAUAUCUGUCCACCCAAAUGGAAAGAAGUUGAAACUGCGACUGAUGAUUGGCUCAAAGGGUUUAUGAGCAGACACAAAGAGUUAACUGUGAGAAAACCUGAAAGCACUUCUCUAUCCCGUGCAACAAGUUUUAAUAAAGCUAAUGUAAGCACAUUUUUUGAGAAAUUAAACACUGUUUUACAAAGAUACAAAUUUUCUUCUCAUAGGAUUUUUAACGCCGAUGAAACAGGCUGCAGCACCGUCACCAAUCCUCCUAAGGUCAUAGCUGAAAGGGGUUCGAAACAAAUUGGGCAAGUUACCUCAGCCGAACUCUGUUCUUUACUAAUGCUGCUGGUGGUUUUUUGCCGCCCGUUUUUGUGUUUCCUAGAGUAA